UUUACUUAUAAUCAUAUUAAUUUGGCAACAUUGGUCACAUAUUGCAUAAUAUUUAUUGUCAAAAGCAUGCAAUGCUUGGCGAUAGUCAAUUCAAACGAUGAGCGCAAAUGUCUUUCGCUUCUUAUCAGCGUCGAAAGUCCUAGAUUAGACGGAGAAGAAGUAAAAACAACGCAAUGUUAAAGCUUCGAGAGAUAAACGUUACAAUAAGAAAAUCUAAAAAAGAAGACAUGGUGCAGGUGUAUAAAUUGAUAAAGGCUCUAGCAGAGUUUGAGAAACUGGAACAUACAAUGAAAAUAACUGCUCAAGAUCUCGAAAAUGAUGGAUUCAACACCGACAAUCCAGCUUUUACCUGUUUGGUAGCUGAAAUCUCAGACGGUCACAUAAUGGGAUAUGCCAUCUACUAUACUUCAUACUCGACUUGGUUGGGGCGUUCAAUAUUCCUUGAAGACCUCUACGUUCAACCCGCAUAUAGACGGAGUGGCAUUGGUCGGGAAUUGUUUUUAGCUGUUGCCAAAAUAGCACAUGAGAGUCCCAGUAAAAGGAUGGAUUUUCACGUGUUAUCCUGGAAUCCCGCAAUCGACUUUUACAAAAGCCUAGGAGCUAUGGAUAUGACCAUUACUGAGAAAUGGCAUCAUUUUAGGAUGGAUCAGGACUGCCUAAAUAAGUUAUUUUCAAAAAAAUGA